CUCCCGGCUGGCGGAGCGAGUGGAGGCUGCAGCCCGGCUCCGCUCCCGCGUCGCCGCCGCCGCCACCGCUGCGGCCGCCGUCGCAGAGCCCCCCCGCCCUCCUUCCGCCGCGUCGGUAUGAGCUCCCGGAAAGUGCUGGCCAUUCAGGCCCGAAAGCGGAGGCCGAAGAGAGAGAAACAUCCGAAAAAGCCGGAGCCUCAGCAGAAAGCUCCCUUGGUUCCUCCACCGCCACCCCCACCGCCGCCGCCGCCCCUGCCGGACCCUGCGCCCCCAGAGCCGGAGGAGGAGAUCCUGGGUUCGGAUGAUGAGGAGCAGGAGGACCCCGCCGACUACUGCAAAGGUGGCUACCAUCCAGUGAAAAUUGGAGACCUUUUCAAUGGCCGGUAUCAUGUUAUUAGGAAGCUAGGAUGGGGACACUUCUCUACUGUUUGGCUGUGCUGGGAUAUGCAGGGGAAAAGAUUUGUUGCAAUGAAAGUUGUAAAAAGUGCCCAGCAUUAUACAGAGACAGCCUUGGAUGAAAUAAAAUUGCUCAAAUGUGUUCGAGAAAGUGAUCCCAGUGACCCAAAUAAAGACAUGGUAGUACAGCUAAUUGAUGACUUCAAGAUUUCAGGCAUGAAUGGAAUACAUGUCUGCAUGGUCUUCGAGGUCCUUGGCCACCAUCUCCUCAAGUGGAUCAUCAAGUCCAACUACCAGGGCCUUCCCAUCCGGUGUGUGAAGAGCAUCAUUCGGCAGGUUCUACAGGGGUUAGAUUACCUACAUAGUAAGUGCAAGAUCAUUCAUACUGACAUAAAGCCGGAAAACAUCUUGAUGUGUGUGGAUGACGCUUAUGUGAGAAGAAUGGCGGCCGAGGCCACCGAGUGGCAGAAAGCAGGUGCUCCUCCUCCUUCGGGGUCUGCAGUGAGUACCGCUCCACAGCAAAAACCUAUAGGAAAAAUUUCUAAAAACAAAAAGAAAAAACUGAAAAAGAAGCAGAAAAGGCAGGCUGAAUUAUUGGAAAAGCGCCUUCAAGAAAUAGAAGAAUUGGAGCGAGAAGCCGAAAGGAAAAUAAUAGAAGAAAACGUCACAGCAGCUGUACCUUCCAAUGAGCAAGAUGACGAAUACCGCCCAGAGGUGAAACUAAAAACAGCAGUUUUAGAGGAGGCUGCCGAGGGAGAGACUGCACAUGACAACGGUGAAGCUGAGGACCAGGAGGAGAAAGAAGACGCUGAGAAGGAAAACAUUGAGAAAGACGAAGAUGACGUUGAGCCAGAACUCGCGAACAUAGACCCUACGUGGAUAGAAUCACCCAGAACCAAUGGCCACAUAGAGAAUGGCCCGUUCCUGCUGGAGCGGCAGCUGGAUGAUGAAGACGAUGAUGAAGAAGAUUGCCCAAACCCCGAGGAGUAUAACCUCGAUGAGCCAAAUGCAGAAAGCGAUUACACAUAUAGCAGCUCCUAUGAACAAUUCAAUGGUGAAUUGCCAAAUGGACGACAUAAAAUUCCCGAUUCACAGUUUCCAGAGUUUUCCACGUCACUGUUCCCUGGGCCCUUAGAACCUGUGGCUUGUGGCUCAGCGCUUUCUGAGGGAUCCCCUCUUACGGAGCCUGAGGAAAGCAGUCCAUCGCACGACAGAAGCAGGACAGUGUCAGCCUCCAGCACCGGGGAUUUGCCAAAAACAGCAAAAACCCGGGCAGCUGACUUGCUGGUGAAUCCGCUGGAUCCCCGGAAUGCCGAUAAAAUUAGAGUUAAAAUUGCUGACCUGGGAAAUGCUUGUUGGGUGCAUAAACACUUCACCGAAGACAUCCAGACGCGUCAGUAUAGAUCCAUAGAGGUUUUAAUAGGAGCAGGUUACAGUACACCUGCUGACAUUUGGAGCACAGCGUGUAUGGCAUUUGAGCUGGCCACGGGAGAUUAUUUGUUUGAGCCGCAUUCUGGGGAGGACUAUUCCAGAGAUGAAGACCACAUAGCUCACAUCAUAGAGCUGCUAGGCAGUAUCCCAAGGCACUUUGCUCUGUCUGGAAAAUAUUCUCGGGAAUUCUUCAAUCGCAGAGAUCACAUAGCAUUGAUCAUUGAACUGCUGGGGAAAGUUCCUCGAAAAUACGCUAUGUUGGGGAAAUAUUCCAAGGAGUUUUUCACCAGAAAAGGAGAGCUGCGGCAUAUCACCAAGCUGAAGCCCUGGAGCCUCUUCGACGUCCUUGUGGAAAAGUACGGGUGGCCCCAUGAAGACGCUGCACAGUUUACAGAUUUCCUGAUCCCGAUGUUAGAAAUGGUUCCAGAAAAACGAGCCUCAGCUGGCGAAUGCCUUCGGCAUCCCUGGCUGAGUUCUUAGCAGAUUCUACAAAUACAGCAUUCUGAGCUAGCAAAUGUUUCCCAGUACAUUGGACCUAAACGGUGACUGAUUCUUUAACAGGAUUACAAGUGAGCUGGCUUCCUCCUCAGACCUUUGUUUUGCUUUGAGGUACUGUUGUUUGACAUUCUGCUUUUGUGCACUGUGAUCCUGGGGAAGGGGUAGUCUUUCGUCUUCAGCUUAGUAGUUUACUGACCCACUUUCUUCUGGAAACAAUAACACGUCUCUAAGCAUUGUUUCUUGUGUGACAUUCAAAUGUCAAUUUUUUUGAACGAAAAAUACUUUCCCUCUUGUGUUUUGGCAGGUUUUGUAACUAUUUAUGAAGAAAUAUUUUAGCUGAGUAUAUAAUUUGCAAUCUUAAGAAAUUAUCAAGUUGGAACCAAGAAAUAGCAAGGAAAUGUACAAUUUUAUCUUCCAGCAAAGGGACGUCAUUCCUGUAUUAUAGUGUAUGUAAUGCACCCUGUAAAUGUUAAUUUCCAUUAAAUGUGGGAUGGGGACGCUGAUUUCAGAAAAGCUACCCAGUCUGGAGUGCUUUGUAGCCUGAGUUGCAUGUAGCAGACUUUGCUCCAGGGAGUUGUGCAAACUUUUCAUUCCGUAACGGUCCUUUUUCAUUGGAUUUUAAACAGAGUGGCUCUGGUUAUGUCAUUCCCUGUAUGGCACUUUAAAGAAAGAAAGGACAUACUUCACAUUCUCAAGUACGUAUUAUAGUUUAGCACCCCCUUCCUGUUUUUGCAUAUUUUAAAAGUACUUUUAAGGAAAACCAGCAAUUUCCCCUUGAAAAUGCGAAGGCCUGGUACCAUGUGGUGUUGCCUCGUACAAGCGCUGUACGUUAACUCGGCAAAGAUUAAACUGGACGAGAGAAACAUGUUCGGUGUGUGGAAUGAAAUUACAUGUAUGUUGGGAAAUCUUGCUCGUCUGUCUAGAACGAGUAUUAUCCAGUUUGCAGUGCAGUGGGCCGAAUAUUACCGUCUCAGAGGUAACAGCGAUCGAGUUCAUUCCGGAGGCAGUUUUAGGUGUGGCUGCAAUGUUUUACUAGCUUUUUGAUUGUCACUCCAUGCACUGAAGUUGAGAAAAUGAUUUCCCCUUGCAGGUUGCACACAAUUUUGUUUAUGCAUUUCCUUAAAAUUGUAGAAACCAGGACACAAACCAUAGUAGGCAAUACAAUUUUAGAAUGUAAUAAAUAGAGGUGUAUUUAGCCUCUUUUAGAAGUGAGUGAAUGCCAGUUGUUUUUUAAUUUUACAUUCAUUGAGGUGCCUCCUUUUUCUUAACUGUCCAUUAACAUUUAUCCAUAUGCCUUUGCAAUAAUUAGAUUGUGAAAAGAUAACAAGUGUUGUAACAAUAAUCCAUUGUUUGAGGUGCUUGCAGUUGUCUUAAAAAUUAAAGUGUUUUCAGUUUUUUUUCCAGACAUUGCCUUGGUCAUUGGCCUAUAUUUGAAGUGAUAGAAUCAACAAACGUGCUAUCCUUUUAGUAUAGUGUAACCAAAACUAAAGGGAAGACCAGCGUUGCUGUGGCAGGAAAGGUAGUUCUGUAACAUGAGUUAAGGCUUAUUACAAGGAUAUGAUUCAUUGCUUUGCAAGGGUAAAGAAGAUGAAUUUAGAAAAGAUGCUGUGGUAUAGAUUUAAUACCUAGAAUUUCAGUGAUCAUUUUUCAUUCACGUUUCAUCAAAAACAUGAAUUACAUUUUGUUUGAGCAUUGUGGAUUUUCUUUUUCUUUUUUCAGUGUUUACUGUGAGGGAACAAAACACGUCAUCUUUUAGGAAUUAGCAUUAUGUCACGUAUCACUAAGGUCAAACAUACUGUUCAUUUAGGAAGUGUGCUUCUAAGUUUUUCUAAUGAGGCUCUGGGUUACCAUAUAGAUCCUGUGACAGGUGGUGGCUGUAGACCAGUGAUGCCAUCCACCAUUUCCAUAGGAACCACUCUUACAAGAACUGCAGGGUACAAUUAUGUCUUCUCUGAGUCUGUAAGAAUUUUUAUUAGGGGUAUAGCACACUUGAAUGAAAGUUGUCUAAUGCAGUUUUGGCUGUUAGGAAAUAAACUAUGUUAUUAUGGAUAUUCGAAAGGAUCUGUCCCUUAUGAUAAAAUAGCCUAAAUAGUUUAUUGUAAAAAAACAAUUGUUCUAGAAGGAAUCUGCAUUUGUAUUAGGUAUGGUAUGGUUUUCAGCAGAUCCUUGGUGGCUUGAUGAUUAUGCAUAUAAGCUAAGAGAACCACUGAUAAUGCAAACACUAGAGCCAGCUUGGUUGAAUGCUCCACCUUUCCUCUCUCUAGUCCAUGUGAAGUCUUCAUGGAAAAUGACAAGCAGUGGAUCUCAUAUGUGGUUAUAGCAGAUUCAGAAGCUGGCUGGCUGGCUGGCAAUUAGAACUGCCCCAGGGCAGAAAAAAAGUGGAUGUAGGUGCUUCAAAAAAGCAUACAUUUUUUAGGUGAAAACUGACUUACUAACUUGCUUCUUCCUGUAGCUGGAUCAUACAUACAUAACUAGUUAAUAGAAAAAAACAACUGUUUCUGCUGGAGUAGAAAACUUCAAUUCAGUUUGUAUUUACAGUUGAAAUUAAUUCUUAAAUUCCACUUUUUUCCACUAAUUUUUUUUUUAACGUUAAUGAAAUUUUGGUAGAAGACAGUAUUUGAGAGUGUAUGUAUCCUUCAUUAAGGAGUCAAAGAAUUAUAUAAAAUUCUUCAGUUUCUAAAAAGCUUCUGUAUACAUUAUGUAGUAGGAAAAUUUAAAACUACGAGGAAUUAAAAAUCCUUUAAAGAGAUAAAUAUUGAUAUUUCACUAUGCUAGUUCACUUUGUUCUGUUUGAAACUAUCAGGAUGCAUGGUAAAGCCAUUUUUUCUUGGACAAGAGUUGCUUUAGUGAAUGCCAUGAGAAUUUUGUUUGAUUAAGGAAAGGAUGGUAAAGUUGACCUAAGUUCUUUUAAAACUUGAAGCUGAUUAGGAUUGAUUCCUAAAUACAGCUGCAUUAAUGUACUAGCAUUAGCUAAUUUUCAAAACGAAAUGGAAAUUGAAAGUGUAAAACAUGACCUACGAUACUGCCAAAUCUUAGUCAUUUUAAUGUUUACUUUUUCCAUCAAUGCACAGAAUUUGUAUACUGUGCCAAAUUGUUACGUAACAGGAUGAUGGAAGACAUGAUGACAAAUAAUGGUCAUUACGAUUGAUUAUGCUUAAUUAAUCCUCCUGAGAGGCAGAGGACAAAAUAGUAAGAAUUUUUUUAUUUUCCCAAAAAUAACUAGCAUUUUAUAUUUCAGCAAUAAAAUGUUCACGUGAGAGGCCGUUUUCAUUUCACUUGAGAGAGCUAAGAAUAAUGCCUUUUUCCUUUAAUUUUGUACACAAAAGAAAUUUUAAACAUUUCCCGCUACUUUUUAAAGUAGUAUAGCUAGACAGUAAAUGUUAAUUUAAGGUUUCCAAAUAAUUUUGAUUAAUCAAUAGGACAUUUCAGUUAUGUUUUAAAAUGUACAAAUUAGAUUGUUCCUGUGUUUUUUUUGGCAAACUACUUUAUAGUUUCAAACACUUGUUGUAAAUUACAAUCUAUAACUUCUGUGUAAUGCUUUAAUGGUAUGGGUUCAUUUUGUAUUCAAACAUAAUUCAAUGUACAGAGCUCUGGCACCUCACAGUUUCUUUCUCAUGGCUCUUGCUCCUGCCAGAACGACCAGGAGGAACAUUACAAGAGCAGGCCUUACUACUGCCCCUGAUGCUUGCUAGUCCAGCUGAGGUAGUAGUCGCUAAAGAAAAUGGAAGGCUCCUUAUAAACCAUACUGGAAAAUAUAACUUCCGUAAAAACACUUGCUUAAACCCCAAUCUCAGAAGUUGUACAGGACAAUUUGGUAAAACUGACAUAAUUGUGAUUUAUUAACAUGAAUUAAAAUGCCCAACCAGUGCUUCAAUGUGACAGUAUAUUUAAAAUAAAAAAGAAAUUAAAGGUCAUAUACUGUACUACUUUCACAAAGAUCACACAGUUUUGCAGACUUGUCAUAUGUACAAUGCUAUAUAUCAAAUGAGAAAAGCUGUAAGCAAUUAUUAUAUAUGCAAAAGAAAUGCAGUAUUUACAGUUUGUCAGGAGACAUUAAAAAUCAUCUAUACAUUAAAUUACAUUUUGUUUGUAAAUAACCGAUAAAACAAAAUGAGCCAUGUCCACACCAAACUAUAAAAAUUUGUAUUGUGUUUUUUUAUAUCUAAGAUGCACUCGCAGAGCUGCUGAAGGAAAAAACUGAAAAUCCUCACAGUGCCAUUACUUAGGUUUGUACUUAAUGCAUAUGUAUAAAAUAAUAUAGAAAACAUCCACUAAAUGAAUUUUAACUGCAACAAUAAAA